GGCUGGCUAUUACUCGACGGACACACGGACGACAGCGAACACGGCAUCACCGUGCAGGACGUGCGCUCCCCGGGAGUCGAAACCGCCGAGCAUAGCGUGACCCACUCGGAGACGGGAUCUCAGGUGGGCGACGAGGAGAUGAUCUCGGAGGACGAAGGCUCCAUGGUCGACUGCGAUGCUGGUGUGCAAGUCCUCGAAGACGAAUCUGCUCAGCAGCAGCAACAGCAGCAGCAGAAUCGCCGCUCGCGCCGGAUGACGGCCAAAGCACAGCGCAAACUGCGUGCCGCCGAAUUUAGUCGUCAGCUGUCCGAGUCGCUCGACAUGAGCGCCAGCAUCGAGAUGGCCUAUGCUGGAUCUGCUGCGGCUGCCGAGGGCGCGCCGUCGUCGUACGUCGGGUCCUGGUUCCGUUCGGUGGGCCGCAUGAUGCAACAGCCUGCCCAAACGACGGUGGAAAUGGACGUUGCUCGGCUGUCGACUCCAGACAGCUCUGCUGCAAACGCCCUGGCCAAGGUUCCGGACAUCAAAGCACGUGCUGUGCCAGCGCGCAUCGUCGGCGGAAUCCGCCUGCGCACGCAGGAGCCGCACAAGAAUCACCACGUCACGCCUCGGUCGCACAAGAGCCGAAGCGAGCUGCAGCCCCACGAUUCCCGCAUUGAUUCCCUGGAGGCCUUGCUCACCGAGUCUGAGCUGCAGCUGCAAACUCGUCGCGCAGAGCAAAACGCCCUGCUUACCGCGCAGCGCAAGCAAAUGCUACACGCCAGCGUGUUUGGCAAGUAUGCCGCCCAGCACAACCAGUCGUCCGCCGUUGGCAACCGACACAAGGGCAAUCCUCGCUUCUUCGGUUCCAACGCUCACGCUCCUCAGUCUCGCAGCCAGUGCCAUUGCUAAAAGCGUGCUGUGCUUGCAUUCGCGAGUGAGGUGCGACUUGUGCUUUAAAGUACCUACUUGCCGUGGGUGCUUUACCCGCUCACGCCGUCCAGAAAAAUGAACUAAAAAAAGGACAAAAUCCAAGAAAACAAAACCAAAAAAGAAGAAAAACAAAAAGAGAAGAAAAGAUAAAAAACAACACAAUGCCAGGACACUCUUAAGACAUUUUAUCAAAUUUGUCGCAUGUGUAGGACCCUUCUUGUGAUUUGCUUUUGGUUGCUUUAGCAUGUUGCUUGUUUGUUGGUUGUCUUUCAUUGGAAUCAGUUUUUUGCGUAGUUGUGUUUGCUGCAUGAGCUCUGUCGAUGUCAAUGCUUUUUUUGGAUUUCGUUUGCCAAAGUGUGUGUGUGUGUCUCUCUUGUUCGUCGUCAAUUGAAACUUAAAAAACAAAAC